GCCGCCCGUGUGCACGCGACCAUGCGCACGCCUCAACGCGAUCGCCGCCUCGCACCUCACCACUCAAACUUUACACUUUUUAUGUGAAAUCGAUUGAACUUUCGUUUCGUCCCGAGAUCGAUAUUUUGCCGGUGGCAGUAAUAUUAGAAAAUGGCGUCAUCGGUGCGCAAAUAGUGUGCGAGUGGUCGUGGGGCCGCGUGGCGAUGGGGCGGGCGCGCGCGUAGCCCCGCUGACCCUCUCGGUAUGGACGAGGACGAAAGGCGGCUCUCGUUUCCGCCGCCGGCGCCGCUCAACUCGCCCGGCGAAGAGAUCGAUGGCUCACGCCUGCUCGGCGAGAUCGUGCGGACCCUCGAGGCCACAAACCCCGAGGCCGCAGCACCGCUCGUUGCUUCACAGUCACGCGAUGCUCUCGAUUCAGAAUGUGAGAAACCCCGUCGCGAGGAACUGCGGAUCCCACUCGAAGGUGUUAAGUUCUCGAGCGAGACCAACGGUGGCGGCGGCGGCGGGGGCGGGGGGCGAGAAGAGCCCAGGGCUGCGGUCACGCCGUUCACGCGGGAGUCUGCGAGGCGCGCUGGGUCGCGGGGGGCACAGCUCGUGCGUGAAUUUGGCUUCAUGCCGCGGCGCCGACUUAGCGUUGAAGAUGGCGCGCGCCUUCCGCGGAAGUACGAGCCGUUUCCGCCUAAGCUGUAUGGACGGCCGCUCGAAGAAAUUGAUAAUUUCAUUUAUGAUGAGACAUUCUGCGUGGUGUCAAAAAGAUUCCGUAAGAACUACAUACAUCGGUUCACCGCUACAAGAUCUCUGUUCUGGUGGUCGCCCUGGUCUCCGGUUCGAAGAGCCUGCGUCUAUCUCUCCACUAAUCAGUACUUCGACUACUUCGUCAUGGCGACAAUCCUUCUCAACUGUGUCUUCCUCGCCAUGUCGGAGACUAUCGAAGAAGCUGAAUACAUAUUCCUGGCGAUCUACACGGCGGAGAUGAUAAUCAAAUGCAUAGCCAAGGGCUUUAUUCUGAACAAGUACACUUACCUUAGGAACCCGUGGAACUGGCUGGACUUCGUCGUGAUCACAUCAGGGUACGCCACAAUCGGUAUGGAAGUGGGAAAUUUGGCCGGCCUUAGGACCUUCAGAGUGUUGAGAGCACUAAAGACUGUCUCUAUUAUGCCAGGAUUGAAGACCAUCAUCAACGCGCUUCUGCAUUCGUUCAAGCAGCUAGCAGAGGUAAUGACCCUGACAAUAUUCUGCCUCAUGGUGUUCGCCUUGUUCGCGCUCCAGGUCUACAUGGGCGAGCUUAGGAACAAAUGCGUCAAGAACUUGGUUAUGCAGCCGGGAGAGAACUUUACUGAUGAAAUCUGGUCGGCGUGGAUCAAAGAACCUACAAACUGGAUGGUAGAUGAAGAACUAGUUCCAAUUAUUUGCGGGAACUUGACAGGGGCCAGGCAUUGUCCGUUACAUUACACCUGCCUUUGCGUGGGCCCGAAUCCCAACCAUGGGUACACCAAUUUCGACAAUUUCCUCUGGUCAAUGUUGACCACCUUCCAGUUGAUCACGCUUGACUACUGGGAGAAUGUUUAUAACAUGGUACUGUCUUCGUGUGGUCCAAUGUCCGUAUCAUUUUUCACGGUGGUGGUUUUUUUUGGCUCGUUUUACCUCAUCAACCUGAUGCUGGCCGUAGUCGCACUGAGCUAUGAAGAGGAAUCACAGAUCACACAAGAAGAGAGAAAGAAGGAUCUGAACGAGCACAGAGAUGAUUCUACAUUCAGCUUUGACCCCUCAUCGCUGGCUGUGAGGACCCUCGCUAAAGAUUCGAAGAAACGAAUCGACGCUAGGAAAGGACUAUUAUUGGCCUCUUACUCACGUAAAAGAACAAGAAGACGCAAAAGAGGCAGGAGUGCUAUACAUCAUGCUGCUGCGGUUGCCGCCGUGGCUGAACGGUCGAGAUCCAGGUCGGUGACCCCGAGCGCGUCACCGCCACCUUUGCCGCCGCCGCCGCCUCCGCCGCCGCCCCCUCACACCCUCCACCCCGACAAUGCAUUAGGUCGUGGCAUCCUGAGUGCAGCUGGUCGUCAACUAAGCGAUCAUAGUAACAACAGAGAAUCCUCGCUCGACGACUCCGGUGUGGUCGAUGACCACGACGAUGGAGAACACACGUCUGAUGACCAGGCCCCUCACCCUCACCCGAGGCGGGUACUGCUAAUGCCGCCACCAUUGCCUGCACUGCAGCAAUCAACACCAAUGCCACCUUUACAACAAACACAGGAGAGUCACACAGAAGAACCAAAACAGAAAGCCAAACUGAGAAUCCGAGAAGAGAAACCAAUAGAGAAAGUAAAGAAAGGCGAUAAGCAGAAAGAAACCGUGUACGAAAGAUAUCCAUUGAAUCCGGACUACCUCAAUCAGAUCGUCGUUUUAGAUGAGCUCGUGGAUAGAAACUGCGAGUGUUGCGUGUCUUGCUGCAUAGACUACGAAGGUUGGCUUCAGUUCCAAAACUGUCUUUACGGGAUCGUGAAGGAUCCUCUAUUCGAGUUGUUCAUUACGACUUGUAUCGUUUUAAACACAUUGUUUUUGGCUCUAGAGCAUCACGGCAUGAGCGAGAACGUUAGAAGGGUCUUAGAUAUAGGAAAUAAGGUUUUCACUUCUAUAUUUACUUUAGAGUGUAUAAUGAAAGUGAUGGCGAUGAGUAAAGACUUUUUUGCUUGCGGUUGGAAUAUAUUCGAUCUAAUCAUAGUUUCGGCUAGCUUACUCGAUCUCAUAUUUGAAUUAGUGGACGGCUUAUCCGUGCUACGUGGCCUGCGUUUGUUGAGAGUGUUAAAGUUAGCCCAGUCGUGGACUACGAUGAAAGUGUUGUUGAGUAUUAUAAUAUCGACUAUAGGUGCUCUUGGUAAUUUGACGUUCGUAUUAGUGAUAGUUAUAUACAUAUUUGCGGUAAUCGGUAUGCAGCUGUUUUCUAAAUCGUACACCCCUGAUAAGUUCGAUCCAGAUCCGGUACCCAGAUGGAACUUUAAUGAUUUCUUCCAUUCGUUCAUGAUGAUAUUUCGGAUACUGUGCGGUGAAUGGAUCGAGCCCCUGUGGGACUGUAUGAGAGCCGAGCAAGCCAGUGGCGCAGAGAGCUGUUUCUUCAUAUUCUUACCGGCUCUCGUAAUGGGAAAUUUCAUGGUGCUCAAUCUCUUCCUUGCCUUGCUGCUCAACAGCUUUAACAGUGAAGAACUUAAAAAUAAAAAAGAGGAAGUGGGCGAAGAUUCGAAAUUAGCUAAAAGCUUCGAUAGAAUACGUUCUAUAGUAAGGAAGAAAGGUUUUCUUAUAUCUAGAAGUAAAGAGACUGAAAAAAAAUCGAAAUUAGAGGAGCUAGUUAACGAAUUCAUGUCACAGCAACGAGCUAUUAAAGAGAAGAAAGCGUCAAUACCGAGCGAGCAGCGUUACUCCGCCUCGAUACAGGAGACCAUACUCUUUCCGCAUGACAAUAUCUAUAGCCAUAGCUACCAAGAGGCCGUAAACAGGCCAAUAUCUGUUGGUUCAGAAUUCGCAUACCCGCAACUGUAUCAGAGCUGCAGCAACAUUAACCACGGCAGUCAAGAGACGUUGAAAGACGUACGAGACUUGGCAACCGAACAUAAGAUAACAAGCAUUAGGGAAGAUUCCAAAGAAAAUCUAGAAGAUACGUCGCCGUUCGAACAAAAAUCAGCGCAAAAACUACUAAAUCAAAUAUCUUCUGGAUAUUACACCCAACCAUCGGAUUCGAGAGACGAAGAUAACGAACAUUAUGAAAUGGCACAGUUCUCUUGUAAAACAACACCGGAAAAAACUAAGAAGCAAGGUAGAGACCCGCCAAACACGUUAUCCAAAGAUCCGAAUAAAAAGCCUGACGAGGACGACAUGAAACAUCCGUGGCAAACAUUAGUUUCUUAUGUGGACGAAUUGACCGUAGGGGGGCGGAAGAACUCUAAAGGCCAGUACAUCGAUGCGAUGGGAAAUUUUCCGGGAUUCGGGAAACAGAAGGAACCAAAAGUGCCCCAGGAUUGCUUCCCGAGUCAAUGUUACGAUAUAAGCUCGUGUUGGGACACGUGUAUAGACACAAAAAUUGGCCAACGUUGGAUGUUGGUUCGAACAUUCGUUUUACGUUAUGUCGACACGCCCGCAUUCGAAUGGUUCGUUCUGGUCCUGAUAUUUGCUUCGAGCAUCACGCUGUGCUUCGAAGACAUUCACCUAGAAAAGAACAAACCAUUAAAGAAGAUAUUGUACUGGACCAAUUUGGGAUUCUGUAUGAUAUUCAUAAUAGAAAUGUUUCUCAAAUGGAUAGCUUUAGGAUUCUUCAGAUACUUCACUAGCUUUUGGACGUUGUUAGAUUUUACUAUAGUAUUCGUUUCUGUAUUUAGUUUGUUGAUAGAAGAGAAUGAAAAUUUGAAAGUUUUGAGAUCGUUACGGACUUUACGCGCUUUGAGGCCGCUUCGAGCGAUCUCGAGGUGGCAGGGUAUGCGUAUAGUCGUGAACGCCCUGAUGUACGCGAUACCCAGCAUUUUCAACGUUCUCCUAGUUUGUUUAGUGUUUUGGUUGAUAUUCUCUAUAAUGGGAGUACAGUUUUUCGGAGGAAAAUUCUUCAAGUGCGUUAAUGAAGAAGGAGAAUUAUUACCUUUAGACAUAGUAAACGAUAAAUGGGAAUGUUACUAUAAUAAUUUCUCUUGGGUGAAUUCCAAGAUAUCUUUUGACCAUGUCGGUAUAGCGUAUUUAGCGUUAUUUCAAGUAGCCACGUUUGAGGGGUGGAUGGAAGUAAUGGCCGACGCAGUUGACGCACGAGGAGUCGACUUGCAACCAGCGAGAGAGGCAAAUCUAUAUGCGUACAUAUAUUUUGUUAUAUUUAUCGUCUGCGGCUCAUUCUUCACCCUAAAUCUAUUUAUAGGAGUAAUAAUAGAUAAUUUUAAUAUGCUCAAGAAGAAGUAUGAAGGAGGAGUGUUAGAAAUGUUCCUUACAGAAAGCCAAAAACAUUAUUACACUGCUAUGAAGAAACUUGGCAGGAAAAAGCCCCAGAAAGUAAUAAAGAGGCCAAGAAAUCAAUUUCUAGCAAUGUUCUAUGAUUUAUCGAAUUCGCGUCGUUUCGAAAUAGCUAUAUUCGUUCUAAUUUUUUUAAACAUGCUCACCAUGGGUAUAGAGCAUUACGAUCAGCCUCAUUCCGUAUUCUUCAUUCUUGAAGUUAGUAAUGCGUUUUUUACUACAGUAUUCGGCUUAGAAGCAAUAGUUAAGAUCGUCGGUCUAAGGUAUCAUUACUUUACGGUGCCUUGGAACGUUUUUGAUUUCCUUUUAGUUUUAGCGUCAAUUUUAGGCAUAGUUAUGGAAGAUAUAAUGAUAGAUUUGCCCAUAUCGCCCACUCUACUGAGAGUGGUGAGAGUAUUUCGUAUAGGAAGAAUCUUAAGACUGAUUAAAGCUGCUAAGGGCAUAAGGAAACUUCUAUUCGCAUUAGUGGUAUCGUUACCGGCUCUGUUCAAUAUAGGAGCUCUGUUAGCGUUGAUUACAUUCAUAUACGCAAUAAUCGGUAUGUCGGUCUUCGGUCACGUCAAAGAACAAGGUGCCUUAGACGAUAUAGUCAACUUUCAAACGUUCGGACGGAGUAUGCAGUUACUUUUUCGUCUGAUGACGUCGGCGGGUUGGAACGAUGUAUUAGAGUCACUCAUGAUCCAACCGCCGGACUGUGAGCAAGGCGACCAUGGUCACUCGAACGGCAACUGUGGAAGUCCACUUCUAGCGAUCACCUACUUCACUUCCUUCAUCAUAAUAAGCUACAUGAUCGUUAUCAACAUGUACAUAGCUAUUAUCCUCGAGAAUUUCAACCAAGCCCACCAGGAAGAAGAAAUUGGUAUCGUUGAAGAUGACCUUGAAAUGUUUUACAUUAGAUGGUCCAAAUACGACCCACAUGCGACUCAGUUCAUCAGUUUUGCUCAGCUAUCCGAGUUCAUAGCCUCCUUAGACCCACCUUUGGGCAUCUCAAAGCCCAACACCGUAGCUUUAGUCAGUUUUAAUCUCCCUAUAGCUAGAGGGAAUAAGAUACAUUGUUUAGAUAUCUUGCAUGCACUGGUGAAACACGUUUUGGGUCACGUUGAAGAAACUGAAACCUUCAGGCAAUUGCAAGAGCAGAUGGAUAUCAAAUUCAAGAAGCAAUUUCCGACGAGAAAGGAACUGGAAAUCGUCUCUUCAACUAGGAUAUGGAAGAGGGAAGAUAAGGCUGCGAGGACUAUACAGCGUGCUUGGAGAGAAUACGUCAAGCGUAAAAACCGCAGUCCGUCUGUUGAAGAGGAAAGCACGAAAUGGUCUCCGGGAGGAGGCUGGGGCGGUCGCCUCAGUGCUUUGCUGCACGUGAGAAGAGGAUCGCAUGCGUCAAGUCGGAAAUCUUCAAGGGCUUCCGAAGCAUCAGACAUAAGCGAAUUGGGAGGGGCCUGGUUAAAUUUACCACUCCUCUUGUUGCCUGGUGCCACGCCGGCUGAACAGAUGGCGGCCUGUUCAGAAUCAGCACCAACCAGACGUAGGUCGGCAUACGGUUUGCCUAUUUUCCUUCGUCACCAAGACGCAAUGGAUGAAGAUGUCGGCCCCAAACGCGCAGGAAUUCGUUCCCUUCGUCUGAGCUCAAGAAGAAACUCGGCUCGGCGACCAACGCCUCCCGCCCGCGCCCGCACUCCUUCCCCGCACGCAAAUAACAGCGAAGUUAGCAUCCUCGUUACUGAAGCAUCACCGGACGCAGCCCCGGUUCCGGCAGCGCCGCCAACCGUAGUACGAGUCCUCGUGCACAGAGAGAGUGACGAGCAACCCAGCUGAUCCACGCCCGACGAGCCGAACGCGGCUCCCGACUUUUCAAAUUAAGAACAAUGCAACGUUCUCGAAAUUUCGAUCGUUGUCGCUUGUGAGUGUAUAUAUAUUGUGUUCGCACACGGACGAGUGCAUUGUGAUCUGUGGUGUUCGGUUGUAUUGUAGUCUCAAAACCGUAAACCCGAAAAUACGGAGAUCGAUACAAUAAAAUGUAAUCCGACAUAAAACACAGUUCCGAUUUACGCAAUUUUAUCGUUGCUCAAAAGUUAUUUUGUUUAACGCAAUACAAAAAACGUUAAAUGUUAAUAAUUUAAUUAAUAAACAUAAUGUGUUAUAAGAUGUUUGUUAGCAGAAACUUCCAAACUUAUUGCAGAUACAUUUCUUGCAACAUUAUACUUUAUUUUUUUUAAACGUUGUAGGAAUUUAUUGAUGCUAGGUAUUUAACUGCCUCACGCCUUGUGAAAUAUGCUUCUAGCGUUUUUUUUGUCAUUAUAAUGCAAUCCAGAUAAACAAAGAAUUAUAUUGGUAGAUAGUAUAAACGACUAUUUUAAAGCUGUGACAGAUGUACACACUAUAUAAUCUUCAAUGCACAGAUUGAAAAUUUUACGAAAAAAAAAUCUUAUUAAAUUACGAUGCUUAGUUUAGGUAAACUGACUCCAAAUAUUAAACUAAUAUUUCGUAUGUAUAUUAGUUUAUUCAUAAACAAAAAAUAAACAACAAAUAAAUAAUAUUUACCAGAGGGCGAGCCUGAUUAUAGGUUUCGUCUUUUUUUUUCAUUCGAAUUUCGCGCAAAAGCUUUUAUUAAUUUUGAUCAAGUUUUUGGUAUAGAAUUUAUGUUUAGUACCGUGUUGUUUCUACGCUGUCGGAAGACCGAGAUAUAAGAAGAUAGAGCCACAUUUUUUCAAAACCAGAGU